CAUCAAAUACAUACCGAGGUCAGUAAUAACGCAGCCGUCCGUGACAGUUUACAAGCACUCAGUUCAGUUACAGUCGUAAUAGCACAAUGUUUAAUGUGUACUGGAACAGUGCAGUUGUGCUUAACGCUAGCUGUGGCAACUUAACUCACAAUUGCAAUGCAGUACGACGACAUACUGCGCCACAUCGGCGCUUUUGGCAAGUAUCAAAAAGUUUUGAUUCUUGUUUUGGUUGCUUAUAAUAUACCGACGGGAUGUCAAUUUCUGGUGCAGGUGUUUCUGGCUCCGGACACGGACCAUUGGUGUGUGAUCCAGGGCAGCCAACCUACCAACUGCAGUCAGCUCUUCGAGGCCGAGUGCCAGGAAUUGCUGAAGAAUUAUGGUAUCCCGUACGAACUGAGUCCUAAUGGAAACAAGGUUUACUCAUCAUGCGAGCGGUAUGUGAUGGAUGAUGAAGACACCGGGAGUGGCUUGGGCCCGAAUGCAACUGACGUGAGACCAUGCGAUGCUGGCUGGGACUUUGACCGAUCGCGCUACAAGUCGACUAUCAUUGAGGAUUACAGUCUGGUGUGUGACAGAGCGGAUUAUGCUGGUCUAGCACAGUCAGUGUGGUUUGUCGGAUUGCUUGUCGGUUCCGUUGUCUGGGGUUGGUCCGGUGAUUUGUUGGGAAGAAGGAAGACUUUCCUCAUAUGCCUCCUUCUAGUUACCGUCUCUUCCAUAGGCACAGCUUUCAUCCCCAACUUUCCAGCUUUCGUUGUAUUGCGUGUCAUCACGGCAGCAUGUGUCUACGGAUCCUUCCUUGUGACUUUCAUCAUUGCCUCUGAGAUGGUGGAAUCAAAGAAGCGAGUCUUCGUCGGUACUUUGUUUAAUUUGUUCUUCAGCUUUGGCUUAAUGCUUUUGUCCGUGAUGGCGUUCUUACUACGAGAAUGGCGUCACCUGCAAUUGGCAAUUUCACUUCAGUUUGUUUUCUUUUUGCCGUUGCUGUUACUUCUACCAGAGUCUCCUCGUUUGCUCAUGUCAAAGGGCAAAUUUGAUGAAGCGAUCGCCAUUCUGACCAAAAUCGCAAAAGUCAAUGGAACCAAAGUUCCGGAGAAUCCCUUUGAUACGUCUGAUGAUGUAAAGCUAUCUGUCCUAAACCAACGCUCGUCGGUCACACAGCUUGAUCUGGUUCGCACACCUAACCUUCGCAGGAUCACCCUCAUCAUGUGGUGUGAUUGGUUUGUUGUUAAUAUGGUCUACUAUGGAUUGUCUUUGAGCACGUCUACCCUCGGUAUAGAUGACUACCUAGCUGCUUUUGUGGCAGGAGCCGUUGAAAUACCAAGCCUGUUCUUCUCUUGGUAUGUGAUGGAACGCUUCGGAAGACGUUUGACCAUGGUCGCAUUGUACGUCGCCGGUGGAGUGGCCUGCCUGAUCACAAUCUUUCUUCCUCUUGGGGCAGCAAGAGCUGCAGUUGCAAUGGUUGGCAAGUUUGCCAUAACUGCCGUCUUCAACCACGUCUACAUCUACGCUUGUGAGCUGUUCCCGACUGUCAUCAGGAGUACGGGUAUUGGGGCAUGUUCCAUGGUGGCUCGUGUUAGCGGCAUUCUCUGUCCAUUUAUCGUGAUCCUAGGCAAGCACUGGGUUCCUCUGCCACUCCUCGUCUUCGGUACUUGCUCUGUCAUUGCCGGGAUACUCUCGCUGAUGCUCCCGGAAACUCUGGGGCGCAACUUACCUAAUACUAUCGCUGAAGGAGAACAAUUUGGAAAGAGUUCCAGCUUCUUUUUCUGCGUCAAUAGCGCCUGUCACAGCCAGGGAGUGAACACCGCCCAGCCUCCUGCAGACUUUGAGCUUCAAUCCACGAACCUCUAUGAUGGCGUGCCGCAACCUUCAGGGGCUUACAUGCCUCUUUCCAGUCGAGAGGAACCUCCCACAGCAGCAGUGAAUAUUUAGGCUUUAUCACACUAUCAUGUCGCCUGCCAGUGUUGAACUAUUGACGGGUCCAUCUUUAGCUGACCCAUGUCUCUAGCGUUCACACCUUUAGCCGUUUGUUUGGUGUUGGACGUACUUUUCGAUCUUGCAAAUUGCAAGAACCUAGCGUUUAAAUCCUGUCCACGAACGUUGGAUCAUCAUGCAGUCUUUGCGAGGUGGAACUGAGGCCGAAAACUCGUCAUUUUGACAUAACAAGGUCACUUUGAUGUCUCAGUGAAACCAUCAAAGACUUAGACGUAAUCGAAAUAGGUACUAGUUGUUCAUUUACGUACCAUAUUCAUUUACAACGCCGUUCAGAUGUUUAUUCAUAAAACUAAAGCAUGGUAGAGGGUAAUUUUUUGGGUUUGUUUGGUGUUCUUUUCUGUACCUGUUAUCUUAUAAAUAUUGAUUGCCAAAGAACAAUAGGUAAGUUGGCAAACAGAGAUAUUUACUGCAUGUUAAUCCGUUCAUCCACUUUGCUGCAAAUUAGACUACAUUGAUCCCUUUCUAAUAACUGUCUAAAUCUCUGGAUUGAGGUGUCCAAAUGAGAUGGGAAAACAGCACAGUGUUGAGAAAUAAUUUGUGAAGCGUAUAUAAUUGAUAGUUAAAUAAAAAAGGAGGUUGUAUAUUUUAUAUAUUUUUUUUCACUAAAUGUAUCAUUUUUUGGAUACACACUGUAUGUAUGUCAUAUUUUUUUGAUGUCACAAGAUUAUGUCCAAAUGCUUUGUGUUCACUAAUUCACCUUAUAGUAGAGUCUGUUUAUAUCGAUGUUGAUUCACACUGUGCAUGUAGUAGUAAUAGUUUUACAAUGGUUAUAAUAGUUGCUUUAAAAUCAUGCAUUAAUCCCAUUUACUUUUAUUUUAUUGCAUUGUAUUGUAAAUUAUUGUAAUGUACAUAGUACUUUGUAAUGUAUACAGGGCCAAGACCUGAUCCAUAACACAAUUGGGGGAGGGGGUGGGGCAAAAAUUUUUUUAUUUUCUAAAAAGUGGGCACAAAAAAUUCCCCUUACCCCAAUUUAAUAUGAAAAGCAAGGGGAGGGGUUGCAAAUGUAUUUCUUCUGUUAAGUUUUUACGACAUUCUAAACAUAAAACGAGGUGUGUUUGUUUUCCCCCUGGAUCCGCUGUUUUGCAGGGCCGGUUGAAAGAGUUUUAAACUGUUAGGGCAUAAAUGUAUUAAAUAGAAGUUAAUGAACCGCUUCAUUGCGUCCUAUAUAGGUAAUCAGUAUGAUACAAAAAAGCAAUUACAUUUUGCAUGAAACCAUCAAAUCACUACAUUGUAUAAUAACAUUUUUUUAAACAAGACGGCUUUUAAAAAGAAUUUUGUUUAAAUAACAACACGCAAUAUGGGAAAAUACAACUUUUUGGGGGAAUUAGAGCUUAACAGUCAAAUUAUAUGCAUUUGCAUUAAAAUUAUUGAAAACGUGCCUUCAAGAGGAAAAAUACUCUAAAACCAAAUAUAAUGGUUUCAAACUGAGCAAGGUGUGCUGUGUUACCCCUUGACUAAAUGUAUUGCAACUUGCAAUAUGACCUAUUUUCAAAUUACAAACUCUUUCAACACUGGAAUACAUCGCUCCUCCAGAUGAUAUGCUUUGUAACAGUUAGUCCUAAUGAUAAUGAUAAGAUGAUCGGACUAUGUAGCAAACUGUCGUGCUCUUUGCACCUUUUAAAGUUAACGUGUUUUAUGCCUUUUUGCUGUUUAUAGUUUGGUGAGGGAUAUUUCCUUGUGUUUUAUAUAAAUGCUUACUUACCCUACAAUCAAAAGUAGAAAUCAUUACUGAGGAGGCACCACGCUCACGUGAAGGUGGUCGCUCGCAAUAAAUAAUACCACUUUUCAGGUAUUUUGGGGGUCGAACAAUCUGAAUCUGAUGUUAUUUUAACGAUUUGAGGCAACACAGACGCCCAAAGGGACCGCCAUAUUGGCAAAAUCCAAAAUGGCCGCCACACACCGCAGUUAACAACUAAACUAGCUAGAAUCAUAAGUAAUACAACUUUGUAGGGGUUUUCGGUGUCAACGAAUCUGAAACUGAGGUUAUUUUAAUGAUUUCAUGCAAGACGGAUGCCCAAGGGGGCCGCCAUAUGGAACAAUUCAGGCCGCCAGCCAAGUUAGAGGUCAGUCACAGUUAAAAACUAAACGAGCUAGAAGCAUUAAUAAUACCAUUUUACGGGGGUUUUCAGGGUCGGAGAAUCUGAAUAUAUUGCUUUAUUAAAGAUUGUAUGUCAUAUUUUGUCCUAAAGGUCAUUAGGGAUUAACUUAUCAAUAAAGAUUAUUGUUUGAA